AGUAUACCGCAUUCUGACACAUUAUGAUUCGGUGAAGCGUGUUUUACCAUCUGAAAGUUUUUCACUAGUGAUUAUUCUGAAAAAGAUAUAUGUACAAAAUUAACAGUUUCUAUUUUACGUAUAAUAUUAAUUUCAAAAGUGGGAAAUUUAAACCAUUAUUGGUUUAAAUUGUGCAAUCAUAUAUUGGUGAAAGAUAGAACGUGUCAAAUAGACGCUUGGACGCCAUGAUGGACGGCAUAUGUGAUACUGCCGACAUUUUAAAUAAUGUUCCUUCUAAAAAGACAAUUCAUGCUGACAAUGUAGACCUCUCUGAUAAGUCAUUACAAGUGGAUAUUUCAGAUGCUCUUAGUGAAAAGGAUAAAGUAAAAUUCACAGUACAUACAAAAACCACACUACCAGAAUUUCAAAAACCAGAUAACUUAGUUGUAAGGCAACAUGAAGAAUUUGUAUGGUUACAUGAUAGAUUUGAAGAAAAUGAGGAAUAUGCUGGUUACAUUAUUCCUCCUUGUCCACCAAGACCAGAUUUUGAUGCAUCCCGUGAGAAAUUACAGAAACUUGGAGAGGGUGAGGGUAACAUGACUCGUGAAGAAUUUAAUAAGAUGAAACAAGAAUUGGAAGCUGAGUAUUUGGCUACAUUUAAGAAAACUGUUGCUAUGCAUGAAAUGUUUUUAACUAGAUUAGCACAUCAUCCAGUUUUUCGAAAUGAUCAUAAUUUAAGAGUAUUUUUAGAGUAUGAUCAAGAUCUUUGUGUGAGAGGAAAAAAUAAAAUGGAAAUGUUUGGUGGCUUAGUCAAAUCUUUCUCUACUACCACUGAUGAAUACUACUUGUCAGCAACUGUUAAAGAUGUGAAUGAUUUCUUUGAUCAGGAAAUGUCGUUUUUGCAAACUUAUCAUCAUAAUUUAAAAGAAGCAACAGCUCGGGCAGAUCGGCAAACCGGCAAACAUAAAGAUGUAGCAGAUUCGUACAUAAAAAUCUCUACGAAUCUUUUACAACUAGCUACAACCGAUACCGGUAAAUUAGAAAGAUUUUUAACAAAAAUUGCCGAAACAUUUGAAAAAUUAAGGAAAGUUGAAGGUCGGGUAGCAUCUGAUGAAGAUUUAAAAUUGUCAGACACUCUUCGUUACUAUAUGAGGGAUACAGCUGCAGCUAAACGGCUUUUGUUUAGAAGGUUGAAAGCUUUACACGCAUAUGAAUCAGCAAAUCGUGCUCUUGAAAAAGCUCGUGCCAAAAAUAAAGAUGUUCAUGCUGCGGAACAAGCUCAAACGGAAGCAUGCGAGAAAUUUGAACAAAUGUCGGAGAAGGGAAAAGAAGAGUUAAUGGAUUUCAAAACAAGAAGAGUAACUGCAUUUAGAAAGAACCUAAUUGAAUUAACCGAACUAGAAAUAAAACAUGCAAAAGCACAUGCGGAAUUGCUCAAAAAAUGUUUAUCAGUUUUACGAGAAGAGUGAUCCAGUUUAAUAACUCUCAUGCGAAUAUCCAGACACACGUCAAUUUUAUUUUUGUAUUAUGACACGAUCCUCAUCGAUCGUUAAUUUCUUGAUAAGGAAAACUGGUACAGAUGAAAGACGAGAUAGGAGGAAUUCAUACGAUUUCAUGAACGAAUAUUGAAGAAAAAGCAGGUAGAAUCAGGAGUCUGAGGAAGGAUAAAAUAUUAAAAAAUAAGCAAAAACAGAUUCCAUAACUCUUGGGAGUGAUCAUCACCCUUUGGACCCAACACUGAAAAAAGAAACACAAGCAAAAGCGCACGUAACGAUGUGGAUCCAGAACACGCAGAACAAUCUACCAUGAAAAUCUCGUAUGUUGAAAUAAUUCAGCCGGCGGCAACCUCGGCGACAAGAUUGAAAAUAAAAAGCGAAGUUACAAUGAGAAAAACAUGAUAAAGGGAGGUAUAAGAAUUAUGUUAAACAGCCAAUAAAACGUGGUAAAGGAAAGUGAAAUUACAGAGAUGAUACGGGCGGGAGCGUUGAAGAUAAAAAAUGAUGAGGAAGAACUGAAGAGAUAGAAGGAAACGAGAAGUCACGUAUGAUAAUGUCGAUGUUCAGGCAUUUAAAGGGAAAGAAGGAGAGUGAAUAGAGGGUUAAAAUCGCAGAAUAGUAGCCUAUCUAUCACAAACGGAAGUAACGGUGACUGGCCGAGGCAGAGAUGGGUCGUCGAGCGAAUGGCGAGGGGAUGGUGAGCGGAUGGAGGAGUGGACUGAAGGGGCCUUUCCAGUACAGAUAAAUCAAUAACAUAGAUGGAUGCUGGCUUGGUAUUCGAGGCGCUGCACGUAUAAUUGCCAGUGUCCGUUUCCACUGCUUGGUGAAUCGUCAGCCGACUUUGAGUCGAGCUGGGAUCAGUUUGUACGGUUACGCUGCCUCGCGUAGUGUCAUAAUUUAUCAUUCGAUUAUUAUGAUACCAGAAGACAUAUUGCGGCGGUGUCGGACUCUGAAAUGGACAAAUAUAACUGUUCACCGUAAGAAAAUUAAUAAGAAGGAUCUUUAUUUCAGUAGUGUUAGAUAUGAAGGAGCCUGAAAAACUUGAGACAAGUUCCUGAAAGUGUUAUGUUUAAUAGACAUACGCGCGUAUCACGCGGUUUCAAAUCGAAUUAGGAUCCGGCGAUGAUAUCAGUGUGACCAGUGUUCCUAUGAUGGAUACCCGUGGCGAUUGUGCAGCGCUGAUCAAUGGAAAACAAUUGGAGCUGGAGUCAGCUGGUUUCACGGAAGUUCGACGAAUGUUCAAAUGGGUUUCAUCCGAUUGCCAUUGAAAUUUGGAUCUCUUUACCAUCCCUUUGCCAGCGAUCAAUCUAUUUAGUAUGAUUUUCGGCUUUCAUCGUCCAACAGUCUUGUUGAAAAACGAACCAGUUACUAUUCACCGAGAUUUUACUGCAACGAAUCGAAUAUCACACUAUUCAAUUGAGGUCGGGAUCGGAAUAAUUACAGCAUGGUUUGUUGGACAAGAUGGUGCUCCUCGCGUUUUGCUGACAUUUACACAGACGGCACUGACAAUUUUGGCACACGGAUUCUGCGAAUAUCCUUUUGAUAAAAUCUCCAUCCGCGAACAUUUACAGAUCCGAUUACUUGGAAGAAUGGGCAACUUUCCAUGCAGAAACAGUCGGUUUUAUGCCACGAAUAUUUUCCACGGAAUCGUGAAAGGAUAAAAGCGCGGCGAGGGAACUCGAGGAAAACUACAAUGCAUAGUAUACUUACGAACACAAGCAAUGCGCUGCAGUCAGGACGAAUCUUGAAUUAAGAAUGGUACCACCGCAGAAGUGUCCUCCUUUUCUGCUGAUGCUCACCAUCCAAGGAAAUUCGUGCGGUAUCGCGUUUUGUCCUCCGACCAGCCUUGCCGUGCGUGUAGCGAAUCUUCCUUGGCCGCAUGGCACAUCGGCAACUGUUAUCAAGUGGUGUGGUAAAAGAGAAGUUGGUAACACAGGCUCGACAAUCAUACCCAAAAUCAUGACCCUUGGAAAACAAAUACAUGUCCAGUCUUCUUGUAUCUAUGGUCACUGGAGGUAGAGAGAGAGAGAGAGUAAGCAGAUGGACGAUCAUACAAGCACAAAAGGAAAAAAGGAGAUGGAUGAGAAUAAUAGUGAAAAGAAGAAAAGAGUUAAACGAGGAACAAGAAGAUGAAAUUACAAGUAUCGAUUCAAGGCACCUUAAAAAUUAUUAAAAUUAAAGUAUUAUAGUUAGUAUAAACAUUAUAGAAAACUUUGUAAACUUGAUGUAGGCAUAAUCACGUGCCAACCCCUUUCAAAACCAAAAAGUAUAAAAUAAAGCUGAUGUAUCUAAUAAUA